AGAUUCCAGAACACUCAUAGAGACCUUACCGUGGAAUUUCCAAGAUAAGGCUACUCCAUGUGGUAUGGAUAGAGCGAAGUCAAGUUUUGAAAGUGCCGCGCCGUGAGCACGUGUUUUCCCAUCGGCUCAGCAUCUCUAUGUAAACAACAAGAAUGGAUGUCCUACGGCCACCGACAGUCUGGGUAGCCGGCCGCUGCUACCGUGUCCUCAAUCCUCAAACGGCAACUACCACCACUAAUUAUGCAGAGGCGGACGCAUACGGCUUUGAGGACAGUGUGUACCAGGAUGAGGUGGACUGCACCAAUGAAACAGACUUCACAGUGGAAGAAACGGGCAGUGGGAGGUUUCAGACUUCCUUUCCAGUAGCAAAUCCAUACAUUCCUUACUUGAUUGGAAGCAAAGGCUCCACCAAGAGUAGGAUAGAAAAAGAGACUUAUACAAACCUCAAGUUUCCUGGGAAAGGACAAAAUGGAAAUGUUGUUGUGACUGGUAAGGAUGUGAGGACAGUGCGUCAAGCUCGCCUCAAGCUGGAGAUGUUGGUUGAGCAGGCACGGAAGAAACAGCCUUCUACUCACUUCCUCUCCCUGCCUGUCAACACCCCUAACAUACAGGAAAAGUUCCUCGAGUUCAAGAAAGAGGUGUUGGAGAAAUGUGGAGACAGCCGUGGAGUAGAGGAGUCUAUAUUCCAGGAGGCGGCCAAGCUUCACCUGACCCUGUGUGUGCUGGUGCUGGCUGAUGACCGGGAACGCCAGCAGGCCGUGGACACCCUCAAGCAGUGCCCAGAGACUGUCUUAAAGAAGCAGCUUGGAGGUGAGAAGCUGCGUCUGGAAAUGAAGGGUGUCGAGAUCAUGAAUGAUGACCCAGGGGAGGUGCAUGUUCUUUAUGGACGGGUGAAUGCACUUAGCUGGUCCCAUUCCAUCCAGGCCAUUGCUGACUCUGUGGUGGGCGAGUUUGUCAAGGGAGGACUGGUGACACGACAGCAAGAGAGAGUCAAGCUGCAUGUCACUCUAAUGAACACUAGCUUCCGCCCGCAAAGCAAUGAGGACAAUAGUGGUGUGGCAAACCAGGCACGAGAAACAUUCUGUGCCAAAAAGAUAUUGAAGGAAUUUGCUGAUUUUGAAUUUGGAGUGUUUGAAGUGGAAGAGAUUCACCUGUCCAUCCGCCACACAGGGAGCAGCACCAAGUAUUACUCUGCUUCAGCGAAGAUUCCGGUCCUUCCUGAAGAACCAUCAUAGGCCACCAAAGACUUCUGAAUAUGUAGAGAUUAUUCACUGAGGAAUUUUGCAUUUAUAAUGCAUUGUUUUGGUUGUACAAUUGGGGUGCAUGGGAUCCAACAGAGUAAGACCAGUUAGCUUUUCACAUUUUACUUCAUAGUAUUCUGCUGCUGUGUUAUGUACUGUGAAAUAUAUUGAAUACUUGUCGGAGAAAAUACUUGAUAUAUUUACUUCAAUAUUUAGAAGUAUUCUUCAGGACUCUAAUGACUCUUGCUAGUAUAUUAUAAGUGCACUUAAAUUAUUAUACAAAUGUUUUAAGCUAUAAAUAUAUAUGCUACAUAAGAAUAUUAUGAAGCAGUGAUAACCUGAAAAUUUUAUUGUUUUAUAAUACUGUAUGUGAACAUUUCUUAUUUAGUAAGAUAAUGAACUCAGUUUUACAGAUAAAAAUUACAGAUAAAAACUAGAAAAGCAUUUUUGAGAUUCUCUUUUAGUAUUCUUUAUUAUCUGUGUGAAUGAAUCUCUAUAUUUUUAUUCCUCUUCUUGCACUUGUGUUAUGGCCUCCAAGAAAGAAAAAAAGAAAACAUGAAGGAAAAAUAAGAAGUUAUUAUUGUGUGUGUGUGUGUCCACAAGUGUGUCAGGGAAUGUCAGCCUGUUAGCUGUUAGGUAGGUAGAUGGAUAAUUAUAGGUAUUAUAGUGAGUUAUGUUUUGAUGGAUAUUUACUAUUUAUUUUGAAAAAGAAAUUCCAUAUAAGAGAUUG